AUGAAUCUUCCAAUUGAGAUUCUCUCUGAUAUAUUCAAAUGUCUAUUAUACGAUUUCUAUGACUUAUCGUCUUUACACUCAUGUGUUCUCGUUAACAGAACAUGGUGUCAAGAGGCAGUUCGGUGGCUUUACAAGAAUCCUUUCGGUUACUAUGCUUGUGAUUGUGACGCGCAACUUCUUACGUUAUAUAUUUCCUAUCUUCCAAAGGAAACACAAAAGUUGUUUGAAUUCACACACCUUGAGUUUGACAAUCCGGCAAACUUGCUGUUCAAUUAUCCCGCGUACAUUGAACACAUCGAUGAUUCUCUGAUAUUCCACAAGUUAGACUCGUUCAUUCAGGCGUACAAUGGACAAGCCACCAUAUAUCAAAAGGCGUUUGACGCUAUUCUGAGGAUGCUGUUAACGAGAGCAUCGAAACUAACGUAUUGUCGCAUCACCACUGGCAUCUCCACCAAAUGCUUCUCCACGUUUAAAGAACAACUUCAUCACGUACAGAUCCUCCAUCUAUUUCUAGUGUCUGAUACAAAGAGUGACAGAAAAUCGCUCGAGCAAUUGACAGACAUUAUUUCAUCUCCAAAGGGACUAAUCGAGUUCGAGUUGAUUUCACAUUAUCCUACCCUUUCCAACCGUAUACUAUACGCAUUGGAGAGCCAGUGUGACUCUUUGAGAGUACUUUUAUUAAGAUCUAUAAUAUUUUCUGCGUUUCCAUUGCUGGAUUGGAUAAGUAAAUUUCACCUUCUCAAUGAAGUUUAUUUCGAUUUUUGUGAGGACAUGGGUGAUGACGUCAUCACAUAUCUUGAGAAAAAAUCAGUCUCGGUAUCAAAGGCUGACUCUCAAGAGAUGACAAACAAUAUAUAG